AUGUCAGAAGAGAUAAUUAAUAAAAAAUUAGAAAAUACAAAAAUUGAAGAAAAAGAAGAAGAAUUUAAAAAUAUUUCACAUGAAAAUGAAGUAACAGAGAUUGAAAGUUAUUGUGUUAAUUGUGAAGCAGAGAAUGGUAUCACUAGAAUUCUUUUAACUAAAGUACCAUUCUUUAAAGAGAUUAUGGUUUUUGCAUUCCAUUGUCCAGAAUGUGGUUUCAGAAGUAGUGAAGUUAGAAGUGGUGGUUCAUAUGAACUCAAAGGUUGUCAUAUUGAAUUAAAUGUAACCAAAGAACUUGAUUUAAAUAGACAAAUUGUUAAAAUGGAAAAAGCAACAAUUUCAAUUCCAUCUUUAGAUUUUGAAAUUCCACCAUCAAAUAAUGGUUCAUUAAAUACAAUUGAAGGUAUUAUAAAAGAAGCAAUUACAAAUUUAACAAAUGCUUCAGAAAUUCAUACUGAAAGUAAAGAAGAAUUAUUAGGAUUUGUUUCAAAAUUAAGUAAUUUAUUAAUGGUUGAUGAACCAUUUAAAAUUAUUGUUGAUGAUCCAAGUGGUAAUAGUUUUAUUGAGAAUCCAAAUGCACCAAAAGCAGAUACAAAUUUAAAAGUUACAAAUUAUACAAGAACAGCUGAACAAAAUGCAAGUUUAGGUUUAGGAAUAAAUGAAGAACAACAAAAACAACAACAAGAGGAUUCAAAAAAGAAUGAAAGAGUUACAACAACAAGUGUUUCAAUUCCAAGUGGUGAUUUAGCAGAUCGUGAAGUUUAUAGUUUACCAAAUCAAUGUUCAUAUUGUGGUGUAAUGGGUGAAUGUAAAAUGGUUUUAACUGAUAUCCCAUACUUUAAAUCAAUUUUAUUAAUGGCUUUCAGUUGUGAUGAAUGUGGUUAUAAAACCAAUGAAAUCAAACCAGGUGGUGCUAUCUCUGAAAAAGGUAAAACCAUUACAUUACGUGUUGAAUCAGUUGAAGAUUUAUCACGUGAUAUCUUAAAGAGUGACACUGCAAAUGUUAUCAUACCAGAAUUGGAAAUUGAAGUUACCCAUGGUUCAUUAGGUGGCAAAUUCACAACUGUCGAAGGUUUAAUCACAAUCAUUAAAGAGGAAUUGGAAAAGAAUCCAUUCUUCCGUGGUGAUAGUUCAGAUCCUGCCAAUCGUGCUAGAUAUCAAGAGAUCACCUCUCAAUUGGAUUCUUUCAUUGCUGGUAAAAAACCUUUUACCAUUGAACUUGAUGAUCCAAUUUCAAAUAGUUAUAUUCAAAAUUUAUUCGCUCCAGAUGAUGAUCCACAAUUAAAAAUUGUUGAAUAUGAACGUACCUAUGAACAAAAUGAUGAAUUAGGUUUAAAUGCAAUGAAUACUGAAAAUUAUUUAAAUAAUCAAGAAGAAAAUGAUAAUGAAGCUGAAAAUGAAAAAAGUGAAGAAAAAGAAUCUGAUUCAAAAUAA